AGGAUUCAUCUUCCCUAAACAACCUUAGAGAUACAAGUCAUAGAGGGGAAGUGUUGAAAAUCAUCUUCUUAUCCUUGGAUUGCACCUUCUUCCUUGAUCUUUGGAUGGAUUGGACCUUUACCAAACUCUCCCAAAGUGUUUCCUUCUCUAAAAACUGCACAAAACCCGAAUUUUCUCACUCUAGUCGACUCUCCUUCGUCAAGUACAGAAGAAGGGGUAUUUAUAGUGUCAUGCAUAGAUCACAACCUAAAGGGUGUGACCCAAUGGUCGUGGGGAUGACCAAGCCGUGAUUGGGGUGAAACGGGGCCGAACCUCCCGAAACUUCGCGUCUUGACAUCGGCUUCAAGUUCUGAGAUUGUGGCCUCCAUCGUGAGAUCACGGCCGCGAUUUUUAUCGCGGUCGAAAAGCUCCUUGGCUGCGAUUCAAGUGUAAAAACUUUCCACCUUUUGUUGGCUGUCUGCUGAAGUUAUAGGCUACUGCGAACAUGGUCAUCACCUAGUCACGGCCGUGACGUGGCCGUAACUUGUGUUUUUUCUUCCCUUCUUACUCCUAUGCUUCCCAAUAGUGCUCGGAUGAACUCCAAUUGAUUCCCGAUUGAUCCUAGAUGAAUAUAAUUUCCGAAAAUUCAUCACAAAUACUGGACAAAGCAUAAAAUACGACAAAGUGGGUUUGAUUUCCCCAUAAAAACCUUCACAUCAAGCUAACCCAUGCCAAAAUGGAUGUUUUUCAAAUAAGAGCGAAAAUAGGCCUAAACUAACUUUAUAUGUGGCCUAGACAUGGUGAUUUAGCAUGCAAAUGCUUCAAGAUUGAGAGCCAAGUAACACAUCUUUUAGGUGUUAUCAAUUCCCCACACUAAAGCGUUUGUUUGUCCCCAAACAAAAAUACGAUUAAAUCAUGCUAAUCGAGGCAUCUAAAUUCCCCACACUUGAUGUGUUUCCUAGGAGCCGGGUUUCUAGUGGCUAGGGUCGUCCUAAUUCUACAUGAUCUUGCUUGAUUUACUCGAGAAAGGUCAACAUAAAUGUUUUAGAAGGAUGGUGAUAGGCGCAAGGUGCAAAACAAAGAUCUUUGAAGUAGGUGAAAGACCGAUGCUCUUUCAAUUCUUUGUUACACUUUCUCGAAAAAUAAAAAAUAACUUGUGUAAUUACUACCUUAUCCUUCAUUAAAUGAAAUUAAUUAUAACCACUAGAUUAAAACUUAAAUAAAGUGUUGAGAUUCACUCAGUCAUGUAAUUCCGCUACCGCCUCCCAUCGACAAUCCCACCACGCGCGGCGGCUUGGGAUUGAUGUCGCCUCUUCUUCAUCGAUCAAAGGCCCUUUCAUUUUCUCCGAUGCGCUGCAGGUGUUCAUUCGUGAGCUCGAGCCGCGAUCAGAGUUGCGGUAGCACUGCUGCUUCGUCCGUCGGAGUAGGCCAUCGCCUCCAGCUAUCGAUCCGCUAUGAUGUUCUGGGUGGCGAUGGUACACACCAAAUCCUUCAAUGCAAAGAACCACUGCUCGUUCCUAGCCUCUGUUGCCGCGAAACCCUCCGCCAUCAUCCUAGUGAUGUCGUUGACUUUGUGGUAUAGGGUUUCGACCCGCUCGACCAAAGGAGUCAUACGACCCUCAAAGCUUCCGAGCCGUUCCUCCAAUGCGUGCAACCGUUGUUGGAAAUGUAUAUGAAUAGCUUUGAAAGCUAUAGAGUCUCUAGUGGAAAAACUACCACAUUGGUAGUUUUACUUGGUGAAAUGUGUAUAAAGAUAGGAGCAUCUCUCCUAAGGGCAUGCCCCUUGGGGUGACCCACUUUUGUGGAAGAGGGAGGACCUAAUGGACCACCACACACACGCGCGCACGCGCGCCGUCUGGUCGGUCGGUUGGUUGGUUCACUUGAGACUAUAUAUAUAUAUUUUUGGAGAAAUUCCAAACGAAAUUAAUUAUCUAAUAAUAAUUAAUUAUUAAUCGGUUAUUCUGAGGAAUAUUCUAAGGAUAAUCGACUAAAACGGAAUAUUCGAA